UAUGAGUUAAACUAUUGAAUCGCCUUCAUUUGCUGGCUUAAUCGCGCGGCAGAAGGAUCGUAUAAGUACUUAACGGAUUAAUUAAUUAAUUGAAAAUGUUAAUUUACAAAUCAAUAUUACCAAUGGCGUUAUUAUUAGGGAUCAGUGUGACUAGUGCAGAUUUAAUUAUACAGAGGCGUGUUCCUCGAAGGCAUACACAAUUUACAAGAUCGCAUAACGCUAAUCAUCCACCACUUGCGGACUUCUUAGAGAAAACUCCAGUUGCUGUAAUGGCAGACGAAGAUGCAAUUCUCCAUAUGAAGAAAAUGGCCGUAAAUGAAAUAAGUGACACAAGCGAAACAAAAAGCACAGAGAAUCACCGUGCUGGAAAUCUAAUGCUUUUAGGUGGAAUACAAGAUUAUGAAGAAAGAAUAAUUCAAAAACCCAAAGCCCGAUCAGUAAAUAUAAAACGUUCUGAAUUAGAUGAAACAAAGACACCGGCGCUUGCAGACUACGACAAUAAACCAAGAAGGAAAAUACGAAGGAGGCUGCAACAAGUAAGGAAAGUCAAAGUAAAUAAAAGCCAACUUGAUGUUUUUGUUAAUGAAACAGAAGCCGAAGCAGCUAAAGUAACAACAACUGACACAACAGCGAAAUCUGAGGAAGCUUACAAGGAGGAGCAACAGUCAUAUGCUACUCAAACUUUCAAACGAAGGAAGGGAAUGCGAGCACCUGUGGUUCCAAUAAUUGAUUCGCAAAACUAUGUUUUUUCGCAUUCUGGAAACUUCCAUUACAGCUAUGAAGGCGGAGACGGCACAAAAGCUUACGAGAGAGGUCAAUUAAAACAGUCAAAUGGAGGUGCCGGCAGCGCAGUUGAGGGAAACUUCUCCUACAAAGAUAAAGACGGCAAUGACUACAGUUUGCAAUACACAGCGGACGAAAAUGGAUACAGGCCAGUCGGUGCACAUUUACCCACACCUCCACCUAUUCCUCCAGAGAUUAAACGUGCUUUGGAAUACCUAGCCACCAAGACCACUGAGUCAGUAGAAGUGACGGAGAGAAUGUGGACCCAUAACUAAGAAAACAUUAAAAGGUGAUACAUGAUAUUAUUUCAAAACAAACUAAAAUAUUUCAUUCACUCAUAUUGAAAUCUGUGCAGCAAAAAUCAUCUUGGUGACAUUCCUAAACUUAUAGAGUAUGCUCUUAUGAUGAGAAUUUCAUCCUGAAUUUUAAAAUACGCUUGGACAAAAUAUAAUACUGGUCACUGGUACUUUUUUGUAAUAAAAGAACUAUGAUAAAUACGUAAAAAUGGAUCGCAGAUAUAAUUGUUAAUAAUAAUUAAACAAGGGUGUAAAAAAAACCGAGUAGUCACAAGUGUGACUGCCGGGCA